ACAGGUCUUCCAGUCGCGAGUUAUUGGAGGAAAACAUAUUAUUUCCCCAGGACCAUAACAAAUCAGUCUGUAAUUGACACACCUGAGCUAAAGUAGAUGUUAGGGAUGCUAAAAAAAACAGAAGGUGAGAAGCGCUUGGUUUGUCUAAUCUUUAAAAUGUCUCCUCUCCACUUACGAGGCUGUUUGAUUUGAGGGGGCGAGCGCACCUUAAGUAGCUGAAACCAGAGAGUGCAUUAUCAUUCAAAUCAAGCGUUUAGGAGUUUUAGGUAUAGGUUUGCUCAGCUAUAAGCUUGAAGUGGGUUGGAAGACAGAAGAGUGUGUGUUUAUUGCAUAAGUAUAGGAGCAACUACUGUCCCAUCAUGCCUCGGUCUUUCUUGGUGAAGAAAGUCAAAUUGGACGAUUUUUCGGCUGCACAGCUGGAGAGCUCUUAUGGUCACAGCAGAAGAGAAGCACUCAGUCUGCAAUUCAAUCAUCGUGAUAAAGGCUAUGUCAGCAAUUAUCUGAGUCCAUCUCCUUAUGAUGAUGUGGUGGGAAGUGACUCCUCUGUCAUCUCUAAAGUUCCGUCCCUUGACCAUCCAUCAAUCAUCUAUAGCCGCAUCGACGAUACCUAUUCUGGCAUCCAUGGUGAUAUCCACGGCGAUUCGGACCAGCCGGACAGCCCGCGGUCUGAAGUUUCGUCAUCAGCUGGUGGAUACAUCAACGGAGAUGCGGCCGUGAGCGAGGGAUACACAGUGGAUGCGUUUUUCAUCAUGGAUGGACGAUCACGGAGGAAAUCCACAGAUAACCCCAAAGGAACCAUUCAGAGGCACACCUGCAGCGAGUGCGGCAAAACCUACGCCACAUCCUCCAAUCUGAGCCGGCACAAGCAGACACACAGGAGCAUAGACAGCAAGAUGGCCAAGAAGUGCCCCACAUGUGGAAAAGUCUACGUUUCCAUGCCUGCGAUGGCUAUGCACCUGCUGACCCACGACCUCAAGCAUAAGUGCGACGUGUGCGGCAAAGCAUUCAGCCGUCCAUGGCUACUGCAGGGCCACAUGCGGUCGCACACGGGUGAGAAGCCGUUUGGGUGCGCGCACUGUGGCAAAGCAUUUGCAGAUCGGUCAAACCUGCGUGCUCACAUGCAGACGCACUCAGCUUUCAAGCACUACAAGUGUAAACGAUGUGACAAGACGUUUGCACUCAAGAGUUACCUGAACAAGCACUACGAGUCGGCGUGCUUCAAGGGGGCUUUCUCCCCUAUAAGCUCACUGGGGGAAUGAUGGAUUUAGAAAGGUUGUUUUGUUUAUUUAAAUCAGAUUUUGACUUGCCUCACCCCCUAUUUUUCCUGCUUUCCCCAACAAAAAGACCAGUAUGCCCAAGCACUGUAAGGGAGGAGUGUUUCUCUGCAAGGAUCAUGAGGAAAAUUACAAAAAUACAUUGAGGACAUUUGCAGCAAACAAUUUUCUAUGCUUGAUUUAGAUUGCCACCUGCUUCGAUAAGAUACAUCCCCUUCCGUGGCCGAUUCGAGUAUCAUGAAGAUAAAUAAAGCACACCAAAUCUAGCUCAUCAUUUUUGAAGAAACUUAGAUCUAUUUAUGUCCAUAUCCAUCCUCGUCCCACUUUUUUUUCAACCCAUGACGAAACAACACUAAAGCACAAUCCCUCACUUCUCUCUUUCUGUGACAGGAAUAUCACAGGAGUUUAAAGCAUGAAUCACAUUUUCGGUUUUCUUGCAAAGAGAUUCAAUUAACUUUUAUAUUUAAUGUUUUUUUAAAACAAAUUUUCAUUAUCUAAGGAUACAUCUGGUAUCCUGGUGAAACUGACCUUGGACUGACUUUAUAUGGAGAUAAAGCGUCAAAACAAAGAAAGCACACUGCAUUUGUUCUCUGCAAUUAAGCAAAGUACAUGUAAAGUUUUUUUUCCUUUACACUACUGACUUGCUUUGCAUCUUGUAUACUGUGCUAGCUAAAGACACAUCCACACUGAACUGUGAUGGAAAUAUAAAGUACAAACCUUCCAUAACAUGGUAGGUUUUUUGUGAUUUUUCUUUGAACCAAUGUCUUAAAUGGACACAGACAUACAUGCUGUUUUAUUUUCUUUUUUACUUAUUUUUGGCAUUUGUGCUUUAUUUGACAAUAAUAGGGGACGUAAAAGGGAAUUAAUAAGAAAAACUGGAAUUCCAUGGCUGAAAACUCCCACUGAGCCACCAGGGUAUUCUUUAACAAAUAGUGUUUUCCUCCAACCUAAAUCUGGCAGUAUUAUUUCUAAUUGUCAAUGUCAGAUGAGGAUACGGACAUUAAAAAUGUUCAGAUUUUUCUCAAAAGGUCAAACCUUUUUUAAGUGUUGUAAAAUAUUGUUAUUGUUUCCAGUUGGACACAGUAUUCAGCUUGGAAGGGUUUUUUUAUGUCUAUUUAUUGCUUAAUUUAUCUAUUUAUGUAUUCUCAUGUUUUUUUAGAUGUAUUAAUUUUGCACUUUACUUUUUUGCCUUUGUUACAAAUAUGCCAAAGCAUUUGACACUUUUUAAUUACUGAAUACCUUUUUAUUUUUGUCCGCCACUUUAAUUCUAAAAAAUAAUGCAUGCAAAAAAUAACAAUACCUUAAUAAUGGAAUCUAUGCCAAUUUUAUGAAUCUUUGGGAUAUUUUGCCAAACCUCUUAGAUAAUAGGCAAAGUAAGCAAAUUUCUGUCUUGGGCAAUAUUUCAUUCAUAUCCAAUAGAGCAAUAAUGCAUGAUAUUUUUGAAGAGAGGUGAGUCAUAACUGCUUGUAACAUCUUGAUUUUUUCAAGUACCACUAUUCUAUGAAGUUAUGAGAAAUGAAAUUUCAGGGAGUUAGCAAGCCUAGUGAGUGUUAAGGAGGGUUGGGUUAAGAGCUCAGUAUUUGGAGGGAUUGUGACACUGUUGUGAUACUUUGAGGCUUUCUCCAGUGACU